GGCAACCCGCUCCGCCGUCCGCUUCCGCCGACGUCGGCGCCGACCCCGGAAGUGGAUGAUUGGAGGUCAUCGGCCGCGCUCGUGGGCUGCCCGCCGCUGGGAGGUCUGCGGUUGGUAUCGCGCCGGGCCGGCGGCAUGUCCGACAACGAGGACAACUUUGAUGGUGAUGACUUUGACGAUGUGGAGGAAGAUGAAGGACUGGAUGAUUUGGAAAACGCAGAGGAGGAGGGUCAAGAGAAUGUAGAAAUCCUUCCAUCUGGAGAGAGACAGCAGGCAAAUCAGAAGCGAAUCACGACUCCGUACAUGACUAAAUAUGAGCGAGCCAGAGUCCUGGGCACUCGUGCACUCCAGAUAGCGAUGUGUGCUCCAGUCAUGGUAGAGUUGGAAGGAGAGACAGAUCCUCUGCUGAUUGCAAUGAAAGAACUCAAAGCUCGGAAGAUUCCCAUAAUCAUCCGCAGGUACCUGCCAGAUGGAAGCUAUGAAGACUGGGGUGUGGAUGAGCUAAUUAUCACAGACUGACCUGCUUCCCAUCAAUGUCCCUGGUUCCUCCUUCACGUGCAGAUGCUUUUAUUUUUGUUUAUAUUUGUGUAAAUAAAUAAUAAAACCCCAUUUUUAA